UUAAAGGGGAACAGGAGGAACCAGAACCUCCACAAAUUAAAGAGGAACAGGAGGAACCAGAACCAUCACAGAUUAAAGAGGAACAAGAAUGGUUCUGCAUCAGUCAGGAUGAGGAACAAUUUCAUCUGAAGCAGGAUACUGAAACAUUGAUGGAGAUUCCUACUUUUAAGGAAAAUGAGAACAAUGAAGGAGAUCUAAACAAUCAGCAGAGCUUUAAUGCAGAAGAAGAUGAAGAAGGAAGCCAACACGAAGAACUAACUAUAGACAAAGAGGCAGGUGCACAGAACAGAGAUCAGAGGAAGAGAAAAGACAGAAUUCAUGUCCACAGUGUGGACAGCUCUCACACAUUAGAAAGUCAAUGUGACUCUGUUGUUAGAAAAAACACUAAGAAAGCAACUUUAGUUAAGAAACGCAAACAAUCCCCACACAAAAAGAUACUUUCUUCUAUAGAGGCAGGUGAAAGCUCAGGAAUUGUUAGUAAUCUCUUUCCCCACUCAAAAACUGAGUGUGAUGGCAGACUUUAUUUCUGUCCAGAAUGCAGUAAAAGUUUUGGUUACUGGUCUGAGUUUAGAAUUCACAAGAUAACUCACACAGGAGAGAAGCCUUUUUCUUGUAAAGAAUGUGAUAAAAGUUUUACUGCUUCUUAUGAUCUUAAAGUACACUUGAGAACUCAUACUGGAGAGAAGCCUUUUUCUUGUAAUGAAUGCAAUUUUAGUUGUAGUCGUGCAUCUAAUCUGAAAUCACACAUGAGAACUCACACUGGAGAAAAGCCUUUUUCCUGUACAAAAUGUGAUAAAACUUUUACUCAAUUAUAUAGUGUCAAAUCCCACAUGAGAACUCAUACAGGAGAGAAGCCUUCUACUUGUAAAGAAUGUGAUAAAAGUUUUAGUGGAAUGUCUAGUCUCAAAAGACACAUGAGGACUCACACUGGAGAAAAGCCCUUUUUUUGUAAAGAAUGUGAUACAAGUUUUAGUCGUGCAUCUUAUCUCAAAUCGCACAUGAGAACUCACACAGGAGAAAAGCCUUUUUCUUGUGCAGAAUGUGGUACAAGUUAUAGUCGUGGAUCUAGUCUAAAAAUACACAUGAGAACUCAUACAGGAGAAAAGCCCUUUUCUUGUACAGAAUGUGAAAAAAGUUAUAGUCGUGGAUGUAGUCUUAAAAUACACAUAAGAACUCACACAGGAGAAAGGCCCUUUUCUUGUACAGAAUGUGAAAAAAGUUAUAGCAGUGCAUCUCAUCUCAAAACACACAUGAGAACUCAUACAGAAGAGAAGACAUUUUCUUAUAAAAAUUGUGAUAAAAGAUUUAGUCAAAUAUCUAGUCUCAAAUCACAGAUUAGAACUCAUGUGUGAUUUCUCAGAAAAGAUGUUUUAGUAAAAAAAGAAUUUAAAGGCCAUUGUGUGGAAACACUUUGAAUUUUGUAAAGUGGUGACCAUACAGUGUGGUAGAAUGUUCUUAUAAUGUUUUGUUUGUAUUAUUUUGAUGUGAAAAAAACCACAGUGGAGUGAACUUUAUAAAACUUGGAUUUGUCAGUAAUUCUUGUUUAUUUGUUUAUUUGUACACAUGUUUAACACCUGAUUAUGUUGGAAGGAAUACAAGUAAUCUGGAAAACUUAACCUACACUAUUCAGUACCAGGUAUUUAUUAAUCACACUGGUUAAAAUGUUUGCUAAAGAGGUCCUGCAUCAAUCUUAUGUCAGUGAAAUGGAUGGUUUAAAUGAACCAAAAUCUAAAGUGAAAGAAAUCGACAACUACAAAUAUCAAAUCGUUGUUAAAAAUGAAUCAUUACACCCCCAAUGUAAACAGAGCCACAGGCUGAUGGCCUCCAUACCGAGCACAUUGAUGUAGUAAUUCAGUUAAAAGAAGUCAGGCGUUAGUAUAGAAAACAAAGAAAUGAAGAGUUUUCUGACGGGUGCUGCAAACAUCUUUCUUCUUCUAAUUUGAUAUUCUCAUUUUUAAGAUACUUCUAAAUGUUUUUAACAUCUAUUAACUGCAAUUAUCAAGAUCCAUAGAAUAAAGGAUUUAUAUAUUUCAACAUAUGUAUAUUUAUUCUAUACAAUGAGUCUCACUGUUUAAAAUGUUAGAUAAAAAAUGUCAAAUUAAAAAAAUAUAUAUUCUUAAAGAUGAACCAGUACAUAUAAAUGUGUUGUACUUGAUCACCAUAGUUUAAUCUUCAUCUUUUAAAUUGUUUCAUUUUGGUUCUAACUCAUGCUGAUACAAUGUGCAUGUUGUCUAAGCCUUUGUUACUAUGACAACACUGGAAAUAUUUUGUUUGCAUCUUUAAUUGUAAUACUUUUUAUGAGAUUGGUAAACAUUUCAUUGUAGUUUUGAAAAGGUAUUGACUGGAGUUGAUAUUUUUUGCAGCAUAUAAGCAAUUUCUUUAGGAAAGGAUUUUUCCAAAAUGGCGACGUGUGUUUCUGUCUUGUGUUCAAGUGAUUCCUGUUUUGAAUCAGAGAUUAGAAGUGUUUUUCUGCUCUUUUUAGUCGUCAGUGUUCUGUUCCAAUCUUUCCUGUGAAGAAUA